AUGACGAUUAGUGUAGAUCAUAUUCGUUUUGGGGUCGGCAUUGCCGGCAAUAUCUUAUCGUUCGUUCUCUUCGCUUCACCAAUGCCAACAUUUAAAAGAAUCAUCAUGAACAAAUCAGUAGAGGAGUUCCACCCGUACCCAUACUUAGCAUCAGUAAUGAACUGUAUGACGUGGAUUUACUACGGCAUGCCUUUUGUUCAUCCACACAGUGUUCUUGUUGUCACCAUCAACAGUGUUGGUCUCUUCUUGCAGUUGUGUUAUCUUUCCAUAUUUUUCUUCUACACCGGCAAAAAAUACAGGGUACACAUAGUUGGCAUAUUGUUAGCUGAAAUCGUGGGGGUGGCUGCCAUCGUAGCUGGAACCAUGAUAGGCUUGCACACCUACGCAAGUAGAACCAUGGUCGUGGGAAUUCUUGCUACCAUCUUUGGAAUUUGUAUGUAUGGAGCCCCUCUAUCAGUCAUGUACAAGGUAAUCAAAACAAAGAGCGCUGAAUCCUUGCCAUCGGCGCUUUCCAUUGCAUGCUUCCUUAAUGGAGUCUGUUGGGCCAUCUAUGCUCUCCUCAAGUUUGACCCCUACAUCUUGACUGGAAACGGAGUUGGAGCACUAUUAGCUGUCAUUCAGCUGGCCCUGCUCUUUAUUUACCACAGUCCGCCUAAAGAGGAUGAGAAGCCAUCUAAUGUGGAGCUGGCACACAUCGUUUGAUUUUCCCAAACUCUCAACAGAAGACUGUUGAUCCCCUUAGAUUUUGUUUUUACUUUUUUCUGUCAUUCCCUUCCAAUUUUGCCCGGGAAUACGGAUUUAUGCGGCAUUUACUUUAGUAAUUCAGUUUUUGUAAGUACUGUUAGUAGAUUCAUUAACUCAGUUAGUAAGUAAUUUUUUUCUUUAUUCUUUAUCUGUUGUUUUUCUUUAUACUGGGCAUGCAAUAGAGAGCACAUAUAAUCUUCACGUUGUUUCUCUUAACUUCCAUGAUUGCUGGCCUUUUCUACGUACUUUCAAUAACUGAGCAAUGUAUGGUUUCUAACAACUCAAAGUUGAGCAA